UAUUAGUUAUCCGAAUUGUGCAGCAAGGUGAAAUGUCAACACUGGUAGAGUUGUUCCGUAAGGCAGCAAAUAAGGUGGAGCUGAAAUCAAAUAUUGUGGUUCAUGAUGGCGAUACUAAGUGGACACUGGCUGAAUUGGACGUGAUGUCGGAAAAUUUGGCAAAACAUUUCAUUGAAAAGUAUGGAGCUAAGAAAGGAGACUGUAUCGGCAUCUAUAUGAACAAAUGCGCAUUCUAUGCACUAGCUUAUACGGCAACCCUAAAAGCUGGUUGUGCUUAUCUUCCUCUCGACGUAUUUUACCCACAAUCUCUGCUAAUUGACAUUAUCAAUGAAAUUAAGCCAGUGGUCAUUUGUUCAACACCGGACAUUGCUGAUCACCUUUCAGAUUUGGCACCGAUGUAUAUAUUUAGCUCAUCACUUCCUAAUCCAUCACAGUCCAUUAAACUACCUGAAGUUGGUCCUGACGAUCGUGCUUAUAUCGUUUAUAGCUCUGGCACAACCGGCAAACCAAAAGGUAUCGAAUGUCCACAUCGUGGUGCUGCUUUCUCAUAUGAAUAUCGAUUUAUUAAGUACCCAUAUGUGGAGAAUGAACGAGAAGCUUGUAAUGUAUUUUUUGUCUGGGAAUUGUUCAGACCGAUUCUUCAAGGAGUUGAAAUGUAUGUGAUACCUGAUAAUAUCAUUUAUGAUUUACCGGAAUUAUGCCGUUUCUUGAGUACUCAUAAGAUCACAAGAAUGAUGUUCACUCCAUCAUUACUGGAAGCCGUUCUGGAUACCCAUUCUGAUGAAACAAUCCGAUCUACAUUCCAUACUUUCCGGACAAUAUUGUUGUGUGGUGAGGUGGUCACAUAUUCCUUACUGAAGCGAAUCCUUGAUGUCUUACCCAAAGUGGAGAUCUUGAAUUUGUACAGUAUUUCCGAGUGUCACGAUGUGGCUUACUCGAAUCUCACAGAGGUUUUUUACACUCAGCCAGCAAGAAAGUAUGCUCCCGUUGGAAAAGUGAUCCCUGGAGUGAAGGUUGCUGUCAUGGAUGUUUCCGAGGAACUGAAAGAAGUUCCAAUGGGAGUUUCCGGAGAGAUUUUUGUGGGUGGACCAGCACUGGCAAUUGGAUAUAUUAAUCGACCAGAGUUAAAUCGCCAUCGUUUUAUAGCUGUACCAGAUGAACUGAGAGAUCAGUUAGGUGAUCGUUUGUAUAGGACAGGUGACUGGGGAUAUUUACUGCCUAAUUCAGUUUUGGAAAUUUGUGGACGAUGUGAUACAAUGGUGAAAAUUCGUGGUUACAGCAUUGAAAUUCUAGCUGUGGAAUCAAUGAUUUUGGAAUUGCCGUACGUAAAAUCAUGCGUGGUGAUAAGCGUCGGAUCAGAAGGCGAAGAUAAACAUCUUGCAGCAUAUGUUGUUUUGAAGGAGAAUAUUACCAGGAAGCAAAUGAGAGCUGAUUUAAAAAAGCAAUUACCCUUUUACAUGGUACCAAGCUAUUUCGUCUAUCUACCCAGCUUGCCAGUAGUGCCAGCAUCAUCAAAAGUUGACAAAAAGGCAUUACCACCAGUGGAUCAGCGAAAUGAUGCGGUGGAAGCAAGUGCCCUUCCAAAAACUGCAACAGAAGAACGACUAGCCAAGUUAUGGACUGAAGUGCUAUCACGGACUGCUAUCGAUAUUCAAGAAAAUUUUUUUGACCUCGGAGGGCAUUCAUUGACGGCAGCUCGUCUGUUGCACAAGAUUCAGGAGGAAUUCGGAGUGCAGUUGAGUAUGCACGAAUUAUUUGCUACACCAACCGUAUCGUCGUUGGCCCGACGUAUCGAUCAUAAAGAUGACAGUGAUAAUUUGGAGCAGGUCGAUCUAGCCCAUCAAGUCAGCAUUCACGAUUUUAAGGAUAAUGUGAUGGACUUACACUUACGCGCUUUUUGGCGUUCUACUGAUUUGGAUCAUAGCUUCUCACGUGAUAUUGUAUUGCUAACUGGCGUUACUGGUUUUAUUGGCUCUCAUAUACUUGUCAAACUUCUACUUACAACUGAGAUGCGAGUUAUUUGUUUGAUUCGGGAAAGCGCAGGUGUUACCACACAAUUCAGGCUUAUUGACAGCAUUGAAAAAAUAGGUAUGAUGACAAACACGUUGAAUGACUUAAUCAAAAGUCGAGUUAAAAUAAUUUCUGGUGAUGUGGCACUGAUACGACUAGGCCUUAGCGAGGAGGAAUAUUUAUUCUUAACAUAUGAGGUGGACACGGUCAUUCACGCUGCUGCUUAUGUGAAUUUGAUCUUCCCAUAUCAGGCUCUACAUGGUAUUAAUGUAUUGGGUACACGUAAUAUUCUAGACUUCUGUCAUCAGAAUAAAGUAAAACCUCUCUAUUAUCUAAGCACCAAUGCAAUAGUACCGUCGAAUUUAAAGGAUGUCGAUGAAGAUAUCAUUAAUGAUGAUGUACAGGGAAAGCUGUUGAAUGGCUAUGCUCAAACUAAAUGGGUAGCUGAAAGAUUGGUACUUAAUUCACAAAUACGAGGACUUCCAACAGUAAUCUUUCGACUUGGGAAUCAAGCAGCCUCAAUGAGUACCGGAGUGUGGAAUAAACAAGAUUUCAUCUAUUUGUUAAUUUUUUGCACAAUUCAAACCAAACUGGCUCCAGAUCUGGAUUUUGUGGUAGAAUUUACACCAGUUGACUUCACUUCUUCCUUUAUUACACAAAUUUUAACAAAAAGUUUCCGUGCUAGCAUGGGGAAGAUAUUUCAUUUAACGAACAAUAAUGCGCCAACUUGGCGACAAAUUGUUAAUUGGAUAAAUGAUUUUGGCAUUCCAAUGCGACUAAUACCUAUGCAGCAAUGGGUACAGCUAAUUAGUACAAGAGAAGGAGCAGAAUGCCAACAGUUGCAGAAAUUACUUCAAUCAAAAGAAGAUACGCUUUUCUCGACAUAUUCAACGUUUAAGCGAACAAACACAGAAAAAGUACUGAAAGAUAUGGGUGGCACCUAUCCUGUUGUGACAAAAAGUUUAUUCACUCAUUGGCUUAGACUUAUGGCUCAGAAGAAUUUUACAGCAAUACCAACAUCCACUCCUUUUGGAAAGACAACGGUUGGAAAAGUCUGCAUAGUGACAGGUGCAAGCACAGGUAUUGGUGAGGCAAUCGUUCGAGAACUUGCCUUAAUUGGAUAUAUGAAGGUGGUGUUCUGCGCAAGGAGACGAACAAAGCUAAUGGAACUGUUCAGCAAAUUGGAAGCUGAAGGAUGCAUGUCGAGUAAUUUACUACCUGUGCAGUGUGAUAUUACGCAAAUGAGUGACGUACAGUUUGUGGUAAGUCGAGCUGUGGAAACGUUUGGAACUAUAGAUGUACUCGUCAACAAUGCCGGAUGCAUGUAUUAUGAGAUGAUGAAGAAUGGACCAACGAAAGAAUGGAAUCUUCAAAUAGAUGUUAACUGUCGUGGCACAAUGAAUUUUAUUGGAGCGGUACUUCCGCAUAUGAUCAAAGCUGGAUCGGGACAUAUCGUAAAUAUAACAUCUGAUGCUGGGAAACGUGGUUUCGCUGGAUUAGCGGUUUAUUCCGGAACAAAAUUUUUCAUCGAAGGCAUGUCACAAGCGUUACGUUUGGAAAUGGUCGAAUACGGUAUAAGAGUAACGAAUGUACAACCGGGAGAUGUUGAAACGGAAUUAGGAAGUCAUUCCAUUGAUAAGGAAGCAUGCGACAAGUAUGACAUAUCCAAAGCAGGUCAUCCUAUCCUCAACUCGCCUGACAUCGCUCGAGCAGUAUUAUACGCAGUGAAUCAACCAUCUGCGGUUGCUGUCAACGAAAUUCUUAUUGAACCUCAAGCUACUCCCAUAUAACUCAUUCUUGUUUAUCUUUUACGGUCUUGAAUUUACACAAAAUGAUUCGAAUGUUUUAAUCGCUUGAUUUGUUUUUAGUGAUAUUCGGGCUCGGAUUGUUUCAUAUUUAAUUUCAUAAUAUUUGGAUAAACUGCU